UACCUACUCAACACCCAUCACAUUGACAAUCCAAAACAAACAGAACAUGGCAUAAAAGUGGCUCAAAUUAAAUUCAUUAAUGGACUCAAUCAGCUCUGGUUAAGGUAUACCUUUCUAGAAUAUGAAUACAAAACAAUGUGAAUUUGAUCCUAUUCCUGAACCUGAACCCCCAACCCCUUGUCAACUGCAGAAGUGUGCAGAGAAGGGGCUUGUAUACCAGCCUCCGCCUCAACCAGAACCACCCACACCAGCUGAUUGUUGCGCCAUCUGUAGAGAAAAAAUCAAAAACCCAGAAGUGAUAUUACAGAAACCCGAGUUUCCAAUAGUCUGUGUUGUAGAACGUGAGAAAACUGGCACUUCUAGAUGUGACGAUAUAGAGGACCAAACAGCAGCGCAUCCUGAUUACUUCUGGCCCAACUGUCCACCCCCACCUCACCCCCCAGAUCCGCCUAAAAUAGAUCCUUGUGAAGAGCAAAGAAAACGAGAAUGUCUGGAAGAAAAAGCUAGAAGAAUGAAACGGUAUUUGGAAUAGAAAGCAAAAAUGGACGAUGGAAAGUCAAAAUUAGAUGCUCUGAUUCAGAAAUUUAUUACUGAACUCCAAGAAGAGUAUCAUCAAAGUAACACAAAUAAAGAGGAGAACACACAAGUAGCUAAUGUAGCUCCAGUUUCAUCAGCUGAUAUAGAUAAGAAAAUAUCUGAUUUGGAGGAACUUAUAAAGAAACUUCAAAUUGAAAUUUCUGAAAUUUCAAUGAAUUCAAAAUUGUCUGAUAAAAAUAUUGUGUUGAAAGAAUUAUCAGAUGUUAACGUAUCAGUUGUGAGUACAGAAGAAUGUAAAAAUGUUCAAGAGUGUACCCCAAAGGAUGUGAAUUCGGGACCUGAUUCGUUUACCUCAUUUUCAGAGUUGCCAUCAGAUGAAUCUAAAAAAUUUGAUGAUGCAAUAGCUGAUUUAUUAAGACUUAGUAGAAAAAUCAGCGAAUCCUGUAGUCCAGGUGUGUCUGACGCUAAGGAAACCAUCAAUCGUAUUAUGAGAGAAGAAAAAUCUCUUUACGCUAACAAGUACGACGGACUUGAAGAGAUGAUAGACGAACUUAAGAGUGACAUUGACAAAAAUAUGAAUAAACUAGAUGAGCCUUGUGACGAAUAUUAUCCGAACUAAAUCCGGAAUUUAAGUCUAACGACUAAAAUAAGUUAUAUAAAAGGUUAAAUAAAAAAAAAGGUUUUCUGUUAAA